AUGUCUGGGACUGAGGCUGCGGGCGCCGGCGACGCGCGGGCCCCGCCGCCGCUGGAGUCGCCGGCCGCGGGCGACGGCGACGCCAACAGCGACGAGGACUCGCAGCAUGGCGCACACUGCUGGCUCGCCGCCAGGCUCGCCCUGCUCGCCCUGGCGCUGCUGGCCCUGGGCGGACCCGCGGCGGCCUACCUGCACCUGGCGCGCCCGUGCUGGAGCGACGACGUCGGCAGCACCACCGCGGGCCGCGAGCGCUGGGCCGUGUUCUGGCCUCAGUACGCAGUGGGCGCGCCAGUGAGCCUGGCUCUGGCCGCCUGGUGCGUGACCGUGCGCCGGCGCUCCCGCCCCGCUGUGCCGCUGCACGCGUGGACGCGGCGCUUCGGGGCCUGCGCCGCCGUCGCCGCGACUGCCCGGCUCGCCUUCCCCGCCCUGGACCCUGGCUGCCACGGCGCAGCGGGCGCGGCGUGGCAGGGCGCGUGCCGCGCGUUGCACGAUGGGAGCUACAUCGUGAUCCUGGUCGUCCUGCACCGCCUGCUGGUGCUGAAGCUGCGCGCGCUUGGGCUCCGGCGCCACGAGGCGGCCGCCCGCGCAGCGCUGGCGACGGCGGCGGCGGGGUCCGCCGCACUCGCCGUGGCCGCCGUCUCGCUCUUCGCCAUCGGCCUGCCAGGCAUGGACAACGGGCGCGUGCCGGCGGCGCUCCGGUGGAUAGGUAUCAUCGGCUUUCUGGCGCUUUUUUUGGCAGGGACGGCGCGUACCUGCUGCGGGGCGUGGGGCUUGCUGGCCGCCGCCGCGCGCGCCGAGCGCUCCGGGCGCGGUGGGGUGGAACAGAUGGCGCGCUGGGUGCGCGGCACAGCCGCGCUGGUCGUGGCGUCCCUCCUGCUGCAGGUCGCGGAGGGGUUCCUCCUCGCCUCCUGCAUCAGCGCCUAUGACGGAGGUCGGUGGCACGCCUAUACCUGGGCCUUCGCCACGAAUAGCGGCUUCAACUGCCUGCAGGUGGCCCUCCUCUCCGGCCUCGCCGGGCCGCGGUCGCUGCGGCGGUUGGCGGUGGAUGCCUUCGAGCGCAUCAAUUGCUACAGCCUGGAGGACCUACAGAGAUGUUACGAAGAGUUUCUGGCGUACCUGGAUGAAGCCCAGGUGAAGUGGGUUCGAUUUGGAUACCUUCGGCAUCUUGUGGAAUCUGGAUCUGUCAUGGUGCGCUGUCAAGAGGUGCCCGCUGCCGAGGCCGUCAUCGGCAGCUCGGGUUUUCCCGGCGGCAGGGGCGAUCCCAAGCAGAUGUUCGUAGUGUCGCACCCGUGGCUGACGAAGGAGCACCCGGAUCCUGGUGGAGCGAAGCUGCAGCUGUUAGUGCGACAGUUGGACCUGCUGUGCGCACUCGAUGACGCACUGGUAUUUAUCGACUACAUGGGCCUUUCACAGCACAACAGGCUGGACCCAGAGUGCGAGCGUCUGGAGGAGAACAAUUGGCCCAAGCCUGGCGAGCACCCUGCCGUCCGGACAGAGGCGGACGAACAGUUGUUCAGGACCGCCGUCGGCUCGAUGGAGCUCAUGUACAGCAUGAGUAACGCUGCCGUUAUCGUGCUUCCUAUGGACGACGAGGUCGCUGCCGGCAAGGACUACUUCUCACGAGGGUGGUGCUUCUUUGAAUUCUGCAUCGCGGUUAGCUUCGGCAAUCUAGCGAACGCCAGUACCCAUCCGCCUGUGGAGACGCUGCGCAGGAGUGUUGCCGAGCUGAAACCGGACACGGUCGACGGGUUCCAGAAAGGCUUCAGGGCGACUCGCUUCACCAGCAAGGGCGACAGGGCAGUAGUCAGCAAGCUCUUCGAGCAGACUUUGAUGAAGAAGCCGAGGCAGUGA